GAGGGAGAAAGAACACCUGAAUUCGAUGUUGCAUAUCAUCUCUCCUCUUAUUCCUACUUCCGAACCAUCAAUACGGCGCCCUGGCCUCACCGCUUAAUCGUGCAUAUAAGCACAAUAAAGAGGAGAAGAAAAAAAAAAAAGAGGAAAAAGAAAAACGCGUUCGUCUUGUCUACUAUCCCAACGUUCCAACGUUCCAACGUCCCAACGUUCCAACGUCCCAACAUCUCUUCAUCCUUCCCUUCGCUUUUACAAUCCUGUCUAUUCUACAUAACCCUACACAAUGGUCUUACCAAUGACUGAAGCGUCAGCACUAUCCCACAAACAAAUCGAGGAUCUCAUCACCGAGUCAUUGACCGCCCGCCAAAAUUCAUAUUCGCCCUAUUCCAAGUUCCGUGUCGGAGCCGCACUGCAAACCGUCGACGGCAGGGUCUAUCAGGGAUGCAAUGUCGAGAAUGCGGCCUAUGGUGGAGCCGUUUGUGCUGAGCGGACCGCCUUCGUCAAGGCUAUAUCGGAUGGUCAUCGUCGGUUUGUAGCCAUUGCGGUAUCGUGCGACUAUAAUAACUUUAUCACACCCUGUGGUAUUUGUCGGCAGUUCAUGAAUGAAUUCGGCAAGAGUCUCGAGAUCUUCUUUGUCAACGAUGACCGGACAUACAAGCGCGCGAUUCUGGAGGAUCUAUUGCCGUAUGCAUUCGGACCUGAGGAUCACCACGACUAGUAGUAAUAUGAGUGGACCAGAUAGUGCAUAUUCCCCUUCCUCAGCUAAUCGCCUCCUCACUGCUGUAUCUACAUGAACAUAACGCAGUAAACCAAACCAAACCAAAUAACCUUUUGUUUGCAAACACGUUAUAGCGCGUAUGCGGUAUCUGUUUUUACCCCGCGCGCGUACAGCGAGGAAGCUAUUUGACACUGACAAAUCAAUACUCGUUACAAAUCCUGCAC